AUGCAAAAUGGUGCAUUACUGAGCAAUGCUUCAAUAGAAUUAAACAUCGAUGAAUGUGCAACCAACACCUCGAACUGUCAACAAAUUUGCACCAAUACAAUCGGAAACUUUGUGUGUAGUUGUGACCCAGGCUUCAACAUCAAUGUGACCAACUCUUCGCUUUGUGAUGACAUUGAUGAAUGUGGAACCAACACCUCGAACUGUCAACAAAUCUGCAACAACACAAUCGGAAGCUUCGUAUGUAGUUGUGACCCAGGCUUCAGCACCAAUGUGAUCAACUCUUUCAAUUGUGAUGACAUCAAUGAGUGUGUAACCGACACCUCAAGCUGUCAACAAAACUGCACCAACACAAUCGGAAGCUUCAUGUGCAGUUGUAGCCCAGGCUUCAGAAUCAAUUUGACUAACCCUUCACUUUGUGAUGAUAUUGAAGAAUGUAAAACCAACACCUCAAACUGUGAACAAGUCUGCAUCAACACAAACGGAAGCUUCAUGUGCAGUUGUGACCCAGGUUUCAGCACCAAUGUGAUCAACUCUUCACUCUGUGAUGAUAUCAAUGAAUGUGGAACCAACAUCUCAUACUGCCAACAAAUCUGCACCAACACAAUCGGAAGCUUUGUGUGCAGUUGUAUUCCGGGUUUCAGCACUAAUUUGACCAACCCUUCGAUUUGUGACGAUAUCGAUGAAUGUGGAACCAACAUCUCAAACUGUGAACAAGUCUGCACCAACACAAAUGGAAGCUUUGUGUGCAGUUGUGACCCGGGUUUCAGUACCAAUGUGACCAACUCUUCACACUGUGAUGACAUCGAUGAAUGUGCAACCAACACCUCGAACUGUCAACAAAUCUGCACCAACUCAAUCGGAAACUUUGUGUGUAGUUGUGACCCAGGCUUCAGCAUCAAUUUGACCAACUAUUCGCUUUGUGAUGACAUCGAUGAAUGUGCAACCAACACCUCGAACUGUCAACAAAUUUGCACCAAUACAAUCGGAAACUUUGUGUGUAGUUGUGACCCAGGCUUCAACAUCAAUGUGACCAACUCUUCGCUUUGUGAUGACAUUGAUGAAUGUGGAACCAACACCUCGAACUGUCAACAAAUCUGCAACAACACAAUCGGAAGCUUCGUAUGUAGUUGUGACCCAGGCUUCAGCACCAAUGUGAUCAACUCUUUCAAUUGUGAUGACAUCAAUGAGUGUGUAACCGACACCUCAAGCUGUCAACAAAACUGCACCAACACAAUCGGAAGCUUCAUGUGCAGUUGUAGCCCAGGCUUCAGAAUCAAUUUGACUAACCCUUCACUUUGUGAUGAUAUUGAAGAAUGUAAAACCAACACCUCAAACUGUGAACAAGUCUGCAUCAACACAAACGGAAGCUUCAUGUGCAGUUGUGACCCAGGUUUCAGCACCAAUGUGAUCAACUCUUCACUCUGUGAUGAUAUCAAUGAAUGUGGAACCAACAUCUCAUACUGCCAACAAAUCUGCACCAACACAAUCGGAAGCUUUGUGUGCAGUUGUAUUCCGGGUUUCAGCACUAAUUUGACCAACCCUUCGAUUUGUGACGAUAUCGAUGAAUGUGGAACCAACAUCUCAAACUGUGAACAAGUCUGCACCAACACAAAUGGAAGCUUUGUGUGCAGUUGUGACCCGGGUUUCAGUACCAAUGUGACCAACUCUUCACACUGUGAUGACAUCGAUGAAUGUGCAACCAACACCUCGAACUGUCAACAAAUCUGCACCAACUCAAUCGGAAACUUUGUGUGUAGUUGUGACCCAGGCUUCAGCAUCAAUUUGACCAACUAUUCGCUUUGUGAUGACAUCGAUGAAUGUGCAACCAACACCUCGAACUGUCAACAAAUUUGCACCAAUACAAUCGGAAACUUUGUGUGUAGUUGUGACCCAGGCUUCAACAUCAAUGUGACCAACUCUUCGCUUUGUGAUGAUAUUGAAGAAUGUAAAACCAACACCUCAAACUGUGAACAAGUCUGCAUCAACACAAACGGAAGCUUCAUGUGCAGUUGUGACCCAGGUUUCAGCACCAAUGUGAUCAACUCUUCACUCUGUGAUGAUAUCAAUGAAUGUGGAACCAACAUCUCAUACUGCCAACAAAUCUGCACCAACACAAUCGGAAGCUUUGUGUGCAGUUGUAUUCCGGGUUUCAGCACUAAUUUGACCAACCCUUCGAUUUGUGACG